GCUUCUUGCAAGGCAUGAUCACGAAUUGUUCAAACGAAUUGAAACGCUCCCCGGUAACGUAAGUUAUAAGUCUCCAGAGAUUCAAAACGCUUUGAUCCAGUUGAUGGCUGAUAUGGUACGAGAGAAAAUAUGCAGUGAAGUACAAAGGAGUGGCUAUUUUUGUCUUAUUUGCGACGAAAGUAAAGAUGUAGCAAAGAAUGAACAGCUUGCAGUUGUUCUGCGCUAUGUUCUAGACGGGACUGUUCAUGAGCGGUUUAUAUCUUUCACACCUCUUGGCAACCUUGCAGCAGACGGGAUAGCAGAGGAGAUCUGUCAAGUGUUGACAAGGAACAAACUUACCUUGCAGAACUGCAUUGCUCAAACCUACGAUGGUGCUAGUGUCAUGAGCGGAAAGCACACCGGCGUUCAGAAGAGAAUCAGAGACAUUGCUCCGAAAGCCGUCUACACGCAUUGCUACGCACAUAGGCUGAACCUUGUUGUCGUUGAUUCUGUAAAGUCCGUCUCCUCGGCGAGUGUGUUCUUUGACGUCCUUCAGAGGCUGUACGUCUUUGUUUCAUCUUCUGCUGUUCACCCAAUUUUCUUAGAAGCUCAAAAACGUCACUAUCCGCAACGUUGUGAGAGCGUCACGCUGAAGAGACUUUCAGACACACGAUGGACCUUUCGAAUAGACUCUAUACGAGCAAUGCUUAAAUCCUUUACAGCAGUAGUCGAUGCCUUAUCCUCUUUGACAAAUGCUAGCAACAGCGAAAGAGCCAUUUUAGCUGCAGGUCUAUUGUCACGAGUGAAAUCGUUAGAGUUUACCUCAAACUUGGUUAUUUUCGAAAAGCUGCUGACUAUUACAAAAAAUCUGUCCGAUCAGUUGCAAGCUGAAGAUUUAGAUCUGUCUGGAGCCGUUGAUUUGUUAGAGACUGUGAUAGAGCAAUUGGUGGAGACCAGGGAAUCCGGGUGGGACGAUACAUGGCAGCAAAUUCUUCACUUGGCACAAACCUGCAGCGUUAAUAUGGAUGUUUCUGAUGGAUCACGCAGUCGUGGUGAUCCUGGACUUGUUACCGGUCGUCGCACUCGGAAACAAAAGAUCCCCUGGAUGACGUGGCAAGAACGAAAAUUCAUUUACGACGAAAGCUUUUCUUACCGGUGA